AAAAAAGUUUUCCUUAACAAGAAAUUUUAAAGAAAUACAGAGAUUAAUCAUCGUCGGUAUUCUUGAAUAUUAGGUUUAAGUUUCUGUCUGCAACAAAAGUUAUUUCCGUAGGUCGCGAAAAAGAAAAUUCCUCUUUUCGAAACCGCUCGUGACCAAAAAAAGUCUUUACAACGAAUUAUUAAACGAAGAAUCUUUGCAACAGCUAAUUAUCUACAUUAAUUUAAAUUAAACGACAGUUUUUGUAAUUCAAUAUUUUCCUCUUAGCUACUGUGUGUAGACUGUUCCAGCAGAAUGAAUACGUUAGAACGCGCUAAAAAACACAGUUAUCUGGCAACUGUCAAAUUCAGCGCCAUCUAUGAAAAAAAUGUUAAACCUACUUUUAUACCGUCGAAAGAUCAAUUGAAUUGUGAUCCCACGUUUGAGCUAGAAGAGAUGAUUAUUGAAUCGAAACCUCUUCACAAGAAGAAGAAGAGGCUGUCUAAACGUUAUUCUCGGAGAGAUCCAGAGACUAGUUCUUCCAGUGAUGAGGAGCCGAGUCCGUUCCAGAUAAGCCUUGCUUCUAUUCAAGAGCAGUAUAUCGUUUACAACAGAGAAAAAGAACUUGAGAAACAGAUUUUUAAACAGCGACAGUUAGAAUGGGAGGCCGAACUUCAACGGGCCAUCAGUUGACUGACUUCAGAAGAUGUAAGACGACGAAAAGAGUAUCACUUAAACGUUGGAAUCCUGGUGCCAGAAGAAGAAGAAGAAAAGAAGAAAUAAAAAAGUGUUUUGUGAAAGAUUUUUACAAACCGACUAUCGACCGUUCAUAAUAAGCAAAAUAAAGUUAAGGUUUCCCUAAUAAUCAGGAAAGCUACAUCUGGUGUCUAUCAUAUCACCUAUAAAAAAAAACAAAAAACAACAACAAUCAGUCAAUAUAUCUUGCAUUGAAUGUGUGUGUAAAAAAAGAAGAAGAAAUAAAACGUUAGGUUCCG